UGUGUGUGUGUGUGUGUGUCUGUGUUUGCUCGGUUUAAGGCAGAGCUGCAGUUCAGUGGAGUCACAGGAUGGCACGCAGGCGGCUGGGACGCGCUACAGCACGGAAACACACGCACAUUUAACACGUUUCUGGAGGAAUAUGAUCUGGGAUUAGAUUUUCUGUUCAUCCACAUGGACGGACUGGAGCUCGCUAUGGAUUUAUUUAAAGUUUACUUUUGGUUUAAUCGCGAUGAGACGCGCUGAUUUCGGAGCUGGAGGUGGAAGUGAAAGUCUGGUGUGGUGAUUGGUGAUGGAGGUGGAGGAGUGUAAGGUCUCGGUGUGGGUUUGCCGGGAGGAGAAGCUGGUGUCGGGGGUGACGAGGCGCACGAACUGCGCGGAUCUGGUGCGGGUGCUGCUGGAGGACCGGAGCUCACCGGCGCUCACGGGCUCCGCGCAAUCCUACUGCAUCGUGGAGAAAUGGCGCGGAUACGAACGCGUGCUGCCAAACAGGACAAAGAUCCUGCGCCUGUGGACUGCGUGGGGUCGCGAGCAACCCAACGUGCGCUUCGUGCUGGUCAGAAGUGACGCGUCGUUACCAAGCACCGGGCCGCGCAGCGCAGAGGCUCGUGUAGUCCCCAGUAAAGAGAGUCGGUGCGCGGAUACAAGCGACCCCGCGACCCCGGUGCCUGUAAUGACGGCUGAGGCAGAGAUCUCACAGGAGAAACGGCGUCGCGUGGUCCGAAAAGCUUUCCGCAAGUUAGAGAAGAUCAACAAGAAGAAAGAGGAGACGUGUGUGGAGGAGUUCUCUGGGAGGAUGGAGACGAUGGUGCACCUCGUCCUCUCGCAGGACCACACCAUCCGGCAGCAGUCGCAGCGCAUCCGUGAGCUGGACAGUGAGAUCGAGAGACACGAGGACAGGGUUCACACGGACAGAAUGAGGCGCCACGGGAUCAACUACGUGCAGGACACCUACCUAGUGGACGUGAGGGACAGCGCGAAAGCGAGCCCGGUGCUCAACGCAGAAUUGAUGGAGUCCAAUUUUGACCAAAUUAUCCGACUCCAAGAGCAGCUGGACGAGCACCACGCGCUGGUGGAGAGACUCACCGGAGAAAUCCAAGAGGAGCUUGACCGCAGAUGGAUGACACGGAAAUGUGAAGGAGACGCGGAGGAAACGGAGGAGAUCGAGCAAGCAGAGACUCUGGUUUGCCAAAAAGACGUGCGUUUAGAGGAGGAGAGGAUCAAAACACAGCUGGAUACGAGCUCAUACAUCGGACUGCGUAUAAACACAGACCUGGAGGCUGUGCAGAGCGAGCUGGACGCGAGCCUGGAGGUGUGGGCUGAGAAAGAACGUGAUCUAAGGGAUUUACUGGAGAAACUGAACUCGUGUGGUGACUGCGAUGAAGACGCAGGUGAAGGAGACGCUGUGUUUACAAAUGAUGGUCAACCUCCACCUCCACCACCAUCUUCUGUGGACCACAGUGACUGCUGGGAGGAGAGGGUGCGAGGACUUUCAAAAACAAACCCUGGUGGCAACGAUGAUGAUUCGGAUACUGGACUGAGCUCAAUGCACAGUCAGGACUCAGAUAACGCAGCGGUGUGUGAGUCACUGGUGUGAGCACUGAUACUCUGGAGAAGGACAACAGCCCUGGGGCAGGAGGCCCAGUGCAAAAGAGGCUAAGAAAGUGUCAGAUUCCUGCUUCUGUACCUUUGUACCUGAGUGUCAGACAAAUAAUCUGAACAGUACUGAUGGAUAGUGAUUAAUCAACGAGUCGGUUCUUUUAAAAAAAAAAAAAAUAAAUCUUCUGAAGUGAAACAAGUGAAUCCGUUCACAGACACAAAGCAUUUAAAUGAAUCGAAGUAUUUAAAAGGUGAGGAAAUUUCUGUCAUGUGUGCCAGCAACGGAGGUGUUGCUUUUGUUUUAGCUUACAGAACUCCCAGGUCAGGUUUCUGACCCGAGGGAUUCGAUUAAUUCAUCUUAUCAUGAAAUGCGAACAGCCUCAUACUGUUAAGUCUCUUAGCUAUUUCACGUGUGCUUGGAGUUUGAAGUUAUUCAGAUGACAUUAAAGCGCACAGUGGGGAACGUUUUACAGUGUAAACGUAUAAAAAAAAUCCACUUGGUAAAGACUGAACAGAUCAGGAUUGUUUUUUUUUUUUUUUUUUUUAAAUUUGUACAAUGCCACUUUCAAUCUUUACUGAAGCUGGAAAAAGUUUCUAAACUUUCAGCCCAAACAACCCACUUUUACUAACAUUUCAUUAAAUUCCAGCUGACUUUAUUUACAGGUCGGUUAUGAUAACAUUGACGAUGGCAGGCUGUGAUUAUCACCAUCAUAACAAAAUUAGAAAGUCAUAGAGCAAGACGGAUGUAAACUACUCAAAGCGUCAGAGCAGCAGAGAAAACAGCAGAGAAGUUACAGAAGUCAUCGUUAAUAUAAUAAUAAUAAUAAUAAUAAUAAUAAUAAUAAUAGUGAAGAUGAGCCUGUUAUUAGUGAAGACAUUUAAUGCUGGUAGACAGUCAGGAAUGUAAUUUAAGAGUUUAACCCGGAUUUCUAAAUCACUCUUCAUACAGUGACACAAAAAAUAACAUUUCAAAUCUAUGAGCUGAAAUUGUAAAGUCAUAUACAAGUGUAUAAACGAGCCACUAUCCAGCAGAUCACUAUAAUAUGUAAUAGACGACGAGGGGAAAAAGAAAUCAGGAUAUAUGGAGUUUGAGUCACUUAGACAGAUUUGUUUGAAAGAACCGAUUCGUUGUUCACUCAUCAGUACUGAACAGUUGCUCAGAAAAAAUGUAACUAUGGCUGAUUCCCAUUUCCCUGCUCCCUAAAGAGGUGCACUACACAGGGUAUUAAGAGACUUCCUAUGUGAGUUAAUGUGUAAAUCGAAGCUGAUCGUUAUCAUGUGGUUUUGAUUGGACUGUCUGAUUGGCUAAUCAGUUUUCAUGUAGCUUAUUAAAUCUAACACAGUACAGUACAGUUAAGGCUGCUGUUGAUAUCAAACCAUUUCUGACACAUGAUCACUUAUAUAUACUGGUUAAAAAUGCUGGUUAAAUACAGGUGGUUAUUCUGUAAUCCUGACAGUUGUCUAAUCUGUAAGAAAAAUGACAAGCAAACGGCAAACCAGUCUUUCAUCCGAUAUCGCUUUGAUUAGACGCAUAAAUAAGACUUUCGUAUUUACGGAGCUUUUAAAAAGAAACAUAUUUUUCAACAAACCACCUCUGAUAUACAACUUUAGCUUAAAUAAAGCUUUAAGAAAGUAAGUUACACAGUGCUGUAAAUCUGCUGUCAAGCAUUUCAUCAACCUGCGAUGUUUAGUAAAGAUUCCUGGAACUAAAACAAUUGGAGCUGGUUCCUGUGAUGAGGAUUAAAAGGUUCCUGUUAUGUCUUAGGAAGCGUGAAAAAAAAAAAAAAGUUUUGAUCGAAUCUGUUUAUCAUUUGGUUGAGAUGUUAACAUUCACAUAACUUUUAAAUGUUGCUAAAAGUGACAAGAAAAAUGACAUCACAUAACGUAGAAGAACAAAGCUCCUGGAAUUGAGAACGGUUCCUCUGAUAAAGCUAAUGAGUUGUUGGAAAAUGUUCCUGCAGGGAAGCAGGCGGUUUCUCGACCCUUUGUAGUGCACAACAGGGAGCUUCGACAACGAGCGUGACGUCAUCACACGAGAGAAAUCCGUAUCCUUAUCCGUAUUACUGUAUGUGUGUCCUGUUAAACUGCUAACCAAACUCGUCUCUCAGCGACUGAUGCGUUACUUACCAGUCGGUUACUAAUUAACUAACGAGCUUAAGAUCACGGCAAGCGUUCUUAGACCUUAGUUCUAACAGGCUGAUGUGUAACUCUGUUUCCUGUGUAUUUAAUCUAUAGAGAAAGACAGAAGGUGUAAUCACUGAGUCACUGAAUUAUUUAUUGGAGAAAAAAAUAAACCCCCCCAAAAAAAAAACGACUGCAGAGGUUUCAACAAGGACGUCUGUCACUUUUGCCAUGUUGUGGAAUUAAAAUGACGUUCAGUUCGAAUUCCAGACUGAAUCUGUAUUCUUUGUGUCGUGUUUUGUGUACCGUUUGUCCGACACGCGUGUUUUCGCACAUACCCACAAAGCAGCGAGGUGAGAAGUGAUGUGUAAUGAAUAAUCGGAGGCGAAAGCGUACCUUUGUGCAGGUUUGGAUGACAGAGAAGGUGAGAUUGACGGCAGACUCUCAGGAAUGUGCCGCUGCACCACGUCUCUAAUCACCUUAAUGCGCUCUCAUUUUCUCGUCAUGCUGCCUGACAAACAAAUUAAGAUCGACGUCGCAGUCACACGGCAGCUCAUGAGAUCAAGUCCCAGAAUCACAACCAUUAUUACGCCACAUUAUAUAUAUGAUUAUAUAUAUUUUGCCAAAUUAUUAGGUACGCAUGAAUGUAUUUUUCCAAUCGGCCGAUCACGUGGCGCCGGCAGCACAAUGCAUACAUGUCAAGAGCUUCGGUUAAUCUUCACAUCAAACCUUGAGGUAGAUGAUCUACAAGAUCAGAAGAUCACAUCAGGUUCCUCUCCUGUCAACCAAGAGCAGGAAUCUGAAACACACAUGAAGACUCACCUACACUGAACAGCUGAAGGAAACAUGGUGUCAGAUUCCUCUUCCUGGCUGACCCUAGAGGAACUUACUUUGGUCUGCUGCUCUUGUAGAUCAUCCGUGUCACCAUGUUUUCUGUGCUGUGUUCAUGUUCUGUGAUGCUUUUUCUGCUCAUCGUGUGUGUAAAGAGUGAUUAUUUGAGUUAUUAUUUGAGUUGUAUGCUCGUUGCCUGCUCAGACCGUUCCUCUACAUCUCUCUCUUAUCAUCAUCGAGUCUCUCACUCACUGUUUGAUUUUUGAAGUGUCUAGAGACUGUUGUGUGCGAAAACCUCAUCAGAAUCUAAAAAACUCAAAGCAGCUUAUCUGAACCAACAACCAUGCUGUAGUUAAACUACCAGGGAUCUGACUUUUACUUCACUCUGAUGUUUGUUGUGAACAUUAUCUGAAGCUCUUGAUCUGUAUCUGUCUGAUUAUAUACGCUGCAUCGCGCCGCUGCCGUACGACCGGCCGAUCGGAUAACCGACCGAAGAUCUGUGCAGGUGUUCCUAAUAAAAGUGCAUGGUUAGUGUCUAGAUAUAUAUAACGCUUAUAAACGUAUGUAUGUAUUAUUCAGUCAGAUGUUAAUGUCAGUUAAUAUCACACUAAAGCGCAGAUGACAGAAUAUUCAGCUGUAACACUUUUAGCUUAACUCAUCGUUCAGGAUUGUUAUUGAGGUGAUAAUUGAUGUUAUGCGUAGAGAAGUCAGCCAAUCAGACGCGCAGGAUCUGUUACAAACUGAGAAAAGAAACAAAACAAAAGUCGAUUGAACAUCGGCGGAAUAAAACAAAUUAGUUUGAUCCGACCCUGUAUGAGACGGUAAUGAUUGUGUUU